AUGAAACCGUUCCGUGAAGCGGCUGUCCAAUCCAAAAUGGAGUAUCGGCAAGGAAGCGCUGCAUGCCAGAUGCCUGAAUUGCAAACCCUGGACGGAUCAGCCACCACCAGUCGAUCACCGGUCACAUUUCGAGGAACUGACAAUUUUGGCAACAUGCUUAUCAACCUUCCUAAACGAGACCUGGUGACCUUCGAGGGAGAUCCUGCCCGCCACUGGCUAUUCAUGCGCUGUUUCGAGGUAAACGUCCUAAAAUCUACAACUGAUCCAACAAUCCGAAGCCCUAAACAUCUUGCGAAAGCGGUUCGGAAAGCUACACAUGAUAGCCAAGACGCACAUCGAUGCCCUCACGGAUGGCCCCGCGAUCAGACCAGACGAUUUCGCAACCCAAUCGGGACUAGCUGGGGAGCUUCGCACCUGCUACACCACCUUAAAGCAAUUAAAGUAUGA